GACUGACCCCAUCUCACUCACCAGUUUGACGAGCUAGAGAAGGAGCUAGAGGAGUAGUUAGUGAGCAGCAAGUUCGAGGGCAGCCAGCUAGAGAAAGGGCAGUGUAAGCGUCACGGAGGGUGCCUAGUUAAGAUUUUCAGUAGCAGCAACGACAGAGACUACCUAGUUAUUUGCAUUUUAUGAUUAUGAGUAUAGACUAGAGAUCAGAUUGAGAUUUUAAAGUUUGAGCUUAAUUUGCCCACGUGUUAGGGCUUUGCUUUGAACUGCAAGUGUGUGUUUUCAGUAUUUUAUUUAUGAAAACAUUUCCUGCUUGAUGACUCGAUAUUUGCACAUGUUUUCCGCUUUGUUUCUCGACUGUUUGAGCUUUAAUUAUCGCGUCUUUGGCCUAUUUAAUGCUAGGUUGGGAUCAAAUGGCCACUGAUUCAGAGUCCAGACGAGGGAGAAACGAAGCAUUGAAUAUAGGGGAACAAGUUCGGCAGUAAAAACACUGGCGCGCCUAAAUCAAAACACGGCCGUGUCCAUAUUUAGGCACGACUGUGUUUUGGAUGACGAGGGCUGCUGGGGGGAAAACAAGGGCGGGCAAAAGUGAAACACGGCCGUUUCCUCGACCGUGUUUUGCCCAGAAUCGGGCUUUUUAGGCAGAUUGAAGCCAAAGGAAAGGGAGAGUUGGGUUUUGGAUCCCAAACACCCAAGGGACGAACCAAAGAGAGAGAGGGCGAUUUGAGGGCAUUCUAAGAGUGGAAUUGGAGGAUUUCUUCACCUUGGAAGCUCGAGGAACAAGCCCAGACUUGAAGACUGAUCAUCUGAAGAUUCUUACUGCAGUCUCUCUCUUCUCUAUGGAGUAACUUCCCUUCACUUAGGUUUUGAGGAACCCUAGCUAUGUUUGUUUGAUCGGAUGAUUGUAUGAGUACUCUGACUUUAUAAUCUUGAGUUCAUAUUCAAUCUAUGCAUGUUUUCAUGAUUCAAUUCUGCUUUAGUCGAGAUUAUUUAUUCUGCUUUGAUCCUAUGAGAGCGAAUACCUGAUUAGGUCAAUAGAGCACCAUAGAUUGAUAGUAGUGGAUCGAUUGCUUUAGUCGAGGGUUGAUUCACUACUUUGUAUCGAUUGAGAACCUCAUUCGAUAGAGGGAAUCUAGUUCAGAACGCCUUGAUCGGUUGUUCUAGAGAAGGAUACGUCCCUCUAGGCAAUUGACUCAAGAGGGCUUUGUUCCUUUAGUCGAGACUCAAGGUCUAGUCAAGGAUUCUCCGCAUUAUGAAUGAAAGUGAAACAAGUUAGAAAUCAUCAAUCGUGAGUCUGGCUAGUGGCUAGGGGGAAUCAUACCUAAGUGAGUUCCCAACCUGUAAUUAGAUUAACUUUAACUGUAGUUUGUUAGAGUAGUUUUAGUUCUUCCAUCUUAAUCUGGUUUGCUAGAUAAUGACCUGAAGCUGAGUAAUAGUAACUCUAGAGACCCGUGGAUUCAAUAUUUAUUACUUGAGCCACUAUACUGCAGUCCCUUCCAUUGGUUACACUUGGCCAUUGUUAGGAGUUGUGUCAUAGCGAGUCAAGUUUUUGGCGCCGUUGCCGGGGACUUUCUAGAGUAUUAGGAAAGGCAGAAGUUUGUUACUUUAGCGUUUUUUCUUUUCUUUUCUUUUCCACCCUUGCUUUUCACUUGGGUGUUUUUGUUUCUGUUUGUGCAGAUUUGAAUCAUGGAUCUUCAUGGCUUCUCCAAUGAUUGGGGGUAUCCACCACCAUCCGAGUGGUAUUACCCCGAGACUCCCUGGAGCAAUGAAGGAGGAGAAGACUAUGGAUUCGGGUUCCAGUACCAACCCCCUUACUACGGAGAACAACCGGACCCCUGGGCAUAUCAAGAACAACCUCAUUACCAAGAAGAAUUUCUCCCAAAACCAGAAGGGCCAUCGGCGCUGGAGUUACCCAUGGCGGCCUUCACGGGCCAUUCUGCAGAGCCAUGCUACACUCCACAGUCAGAUCCAAACUAUGAAUUGAGUCUUCUCGUGGAGCAGUAUGCUCGCAAGAUGGACCUCCUUUUCUCAUCUGUUGCUCCUCUUAACUCUUCAUCCCUCGGUGAAUCGGAGGAGACUUUUUCGCACUCAUCAAAGCAACCAGAGCGGGUUGAGCAAGUUUGUGCACAACUUGCUCAAGAUCACCCGUCUGCUACCAUACUAGUAGAGGAGGAGGAGGAAGAAGGCUACAAUGACAUUGUGGAGCAAACAGAGAUUAUCACGGAGAGCUCCCAUGAAGAUCAUGAUCAAGAAUGUCCUGUCGUAGCCGACCACCCCUUCCCACAUCCCACACCGAGCUUUGAAGAGGCGGGCAUGAGUGAGGAGAUGCAAGAAGAUCCCAUGAAAGAAAUUGCUUGGCAACUUGCUCUCCAAUCCGUGCUAGAAAGUGAAGUAGGAGGAGUUCUUGAUCAUUUCCCAGGGGUGAUACCACAUGAAGAAGAAAGGGAGGUUGAAGAAGCAAUUGGCGUCCAGGCUGAGGACGAAGUUGAGGUGGAAGAGGCUUGCACCGGCUAUGAGUUACUUGUGAUAUCUCCACCAAACUUCGAGGAACUACUUAGCAAGGACCCAAUUGCAGUGUCUCUUUGCCAGACCAAGGCCACGGCGACAUCGGUCCCUCUUGGUGGACGCGAUGGUGGCCAAUCGAUGCUGUCAUAUCUAGUUUGGGGCAAUGAGACGAGAGAAGAGAAGAAGAGGUCUCGAGGGUGGAGACGUUAUCUGCAUCAAGUGCACGAGCUUCCAUCACCUGUCAUACCACAUGCUCGGGACUUGAGACUCCACCUCAUCGACGAGAACCUCAACUUCAAGGAGGUUUUGGGGUGGACCGAAACUUAGGAACAAUCGUCCGGCUCACGACAUGAAAGAAGCGCUUGUUGGUAGGCAACCCAACCAGUCGGUUUGCAUUUCUUUCUCUAUUUCACCUUGGUUGAGUCAGUUUUGUUCUUUGAUUUUAGAGUCAAUAACUCAACCUUUGUAAGAUUUUGUGGUGUUUGUGUUCCAACUACUCUCUCCUCCUGAAUACACCGCCUGCACCGUCCACCAUCAGUCACCCUUGAUCUGGUAACUUCGUUCUACCCUCCUUAUCUUUCCUCCAUUGAGGACAAUGUCGUGCGUAAGUGUUGGGGGAUGUUCGAUUAUGUAUGCGGGUGAAUGUUUGGCUGUUUGUGUGCUUGGAGCCUAGUCCACUGCCCAAAUUUUUAAAUUUGAGGGCUCAAAGUACGUGUUUCCUUGCAAAUUACCUGCUCAGUAUGCUUUGAAUUGACAGUCUCUAUAGUAAUAUGCAACCUACGGAGGUAGUGUAGCACUAUGGAGGAUGUUGAAGUAUAAGAUUUUUCCUAUCUCUGUUGUGCCAGUUGAUUUUUUGAAUUAGUGGAGCUAAGACCGUUGAAUUCAUGUGGUAAUGGUGACUCUGUUGGAAUUGUGUUAUGGACUCGUGUAUCGAACAAGGUGCUCAUGUGGAAAAUAAAAAGUUGUUGGUCCUCCAUGUCGAAAUCAUCGAAAUCUUGAACAUGGGGUAAGCCCAACGUGUGCGGCACCGUUCAUUGCACCAAAUCGGGUUUUGGAAGAGAUUUUAGUGAUCCUUAGUGGGAAACUCCUACAAGGUGAAGCUAAGUUGUCUCUAGUACAAGUAAAACUUCCACCCGUUGAACGAUUUGCCUACCUGACUUGAUAAUCUUGAGUUCAUAUUCAAUCUAUGCAUGUUUUCAUGAUUCAAUUCUGCUUUAGUCGAGAUUAUUGAUUCUGCUUUGAUCCUAUGAGAGCGAAUACCUGAUUAGGUCAAUAGAGCACCAUAGAUUGAUAGUAGUGGAUCGAUUGCUUUAGUCGAGGGUUGAUUCAGUGCUUUGUAUCGAUUGAGAACCUCAUUCGAUAGAGGGAAUCUAGUUCAGAACGCCUUGAUCGGUUGUUCUAGAGAAGGAUACAUCCCUCUAGGCAAUUGACUCAAGAGGGCCUUGUUCCUUUAGUCGAGACUCAAGGUCUAGUCAAGGAUUCUCCGCAUUGUGAAUGAAAGUGAAACAGGUUAGUCUGGCUAGUGGCUAGGGGGAAUCAUACCUAAGUGAGUUCCCAACCUGUAAUUAGAUUAACUUUAACUGUAGUUUGUUACAGUAGUUUUAGUUCUUCCAUCUUAAUCUGGUUUGCUAGAUAAUGAACUGAAGCUGAGUAAUAGUAACUCUAGAGACCCGUGGAUUCGAUAUUUAUUACUUGAGCCACUUUAUUGCAGUCCCUUCCAUUGGUUACACUUGGCCAUUGUUAGGAGUUAUGUCAUAGCGAGUCACUGCUGCAAUUUAAGAUUUGAGUAUUUUAUUUAUCAAGCGAAUUUUAGUAAAAGUAGGUUCCGGCCGAGUUAGGGUGUUACAUUUUGGUAUCAGAGCCGGUCUUCCUCUGUUCAUUGGUUUCCAAGGAAUACUGGAAUCGUAUUAAGAUAAAUAACUUUAGUCCUA